AGAUAAAUGAUUGGACCUUUGGAACUCACAGGGUGGUAUAGGGAAAAUGGUGUCCAAAUCUCAUAUAAGAUCUGUGAUAACUUCGUUAGUUGUGUGUACCUAUAUAUGUAGUAUAAAUGCUCAGGCUCAGGUCCCAUUACAUGGUUUAGACACAAACGUGUGUAAUCCGAGUGCAAUUCUAAAUUCAAAAACACCAAAGAAACCCUCACUGUCCGAAACAUACAGACUAACUGUUGAAUGUAAUAUACAAAAUAAAAACUAUAGCACAGACUAUACAGAAUACUUUGACUAUCAAAACCAGAGGGCAGCAGUCCAUCAAUGGGAAGAAGGUUUCCAUGCCUAUGGGAUCUACAACUACGCUUCAAACGAAAUGUAUACAGUGGAAGCUCAAACAGGAGUUUGUACAGUUGACUCCCUUAGUUCAUCAUCUAACACCUUUUUGUUUGGAUUUAAAACGAGUGCGACCAAUCCAAAAGUUGGGAGAAUGUUCAGUGCGUAUGGAGCUCUGAGGUUCGGAAAUGGUACCAACGAACAGUACAUGGGACGGUCAAAAAUCAGAGGCAUGCAAGUUGAUCACUGGAAAUCUUGUCUGUACUGGUCAAGUAUGGACGCUACAAUGAAUGUUCAUUGGUACUUUACUGCACCAGAUUGGGGAAUGGCUGACGGUAAACAUCAAGUUCCUGUCAGAUGUACAGUUGACGGAAACAUUUGGGAAGCUAAAGGAAGUACUCGUACAGCUAGAAAAUUCACACACACAUACGAGUUUUCUGAAUAUUUAACUGACGACAUGGCUCAACUUACUACAACAACUUUUGAGACGCCAUCGGGAGUUAUAUGUCCAGGCAGAAAAGACACGCAGCCUUUACCAACACCUGCUACAGCUUUUAAAUUCACAUCCGAGAUAUUGACGCCUGAUUCUCUUACAAUCGGAUUUAUAAAGGAAUGGUAUGAUCAGAAAAUGGGACUAGUAAGGUAUGACUACGUACCAGACUCACAGUCCGUUAGUCCAUUUGGUUACGGUUUACUAACUCAGGUCCACGACUUUAAUGAAGGAAUUGCCUACGUCAUCGAUCCUGCAGUAGGUAAUUGUACAGCACAGCCUAUAGACGGAACUGGCUUUGAUGCUAAGUUUGUAGUUGGAUCAAAUAAUAUGAAAGUCAGAAUCAGAACGCCAGCUGAAUUUUUCUAUUUUGAUAAAACACAGUACGCAUAUGAAGGUGUGAAAUCUGUUCGAGGAGUAGAUUGUGACGUCUAUAUUACACAGAGAACCGAUUGGCCACCAAAUACAUCAGGCUACAAGUCUACAUGGGAAUGGUAUUUUGCUAAGAAAACAUGGGUCCAGAGUACAGGACAUACUUAUGACUUUGGAAUGCCGAUGAUGUUGUUGUUGAAAGCUGAUGGAAUUGGGACCUAUAUCUACAAUAUUUACCAGUAUGACGAAGAGCAGCGGUCUAUUUGGGAGUUUGACACAAGCAAAUGUUAUAACUAUACAGACAAACAUGACUUCAUAUUUAGACUUCCUGGGAGUUAUCAAAAAGUAGUGGCUCCAAAUUUGCAGUUGUUCAAAUACUCGGCGUUGCUUGCCAUUAAGAAUGUAGCUAGUGUAUCUUCUGUUAGGAUUGCAAAUAUGCAGGUCGAUUACGACGCCAAUGACAUAAUAGUAUCGGUAUCGAUACUUGGUACAGCACUCAUAACAGGGAACGUACAAACUCCUGUAACACAAAUACCACUCAGUCAAGCUGUGACCAGUCUUACCAAUGCUAUCAAUCAGGGAAAAUUCGUAGUAAAAGUGGCUGCGGAUCCUAAAUCUAAUCCAAUAACUUUAAAAGCAAGACCAUUUUCUCUCACACCAACUACAAUAAAGUUUGGUUAUUAUAAACCGGGACCUAAAAAGACUGUUUAUUCAACAGGUGCUGUGGUAGGCCUUGCAGUAGGCAUGGCCGUGUUUGCCUUCGUACUAGGAUUCGGAGCUAUAUAUAUGUUCUACAAACGGAACGGGGGAUCAUUUGUGAAAUCAGACAAUCCUAUGGAUAAUCCUGCAUAUGAAAAUGCAUCUUAAUAAUAAUAAACGCUGUUUAAAAAAUACUCAUAAAUCAUUAUACCAGUAUAAAUUUGUAUUCGUACAGUCCCGCUAAUGUAAGGUAACCGUUAUAUAUAUAUUAUAUUUCGGUUAAGUUCAAAUAGAGGUAACUUCUAUAAAUGAAAGAACUCGUUCCUACAAAUUAGUCUAUGGUAUUGACAUAAAGACGUCGUUCAUUUGAAAGAAUUAAAAUAUAAUUUCCGACACAUAAAGGAAUCCAUGCAGACAUCUUGUCAUUGUAACAUAAAAAUGUUUAUUGAAAUUAAUAAAUGAACUUCGUCAUAAUUUCACUCCAUCAUGACAUUAAUGGCAUAAAAUGCACCAUAUCUCCGUGACACUUAUAAAUGCUUCUUUCUUUGUUUUAUGCUGAGGUUGAUGUAAAAACGUUGAUAGGUAUGAAAGCCCAUUACUAAAAUUGUGAGCACGGUCAACGAUUUUACAGCCCUAUUGAACUUUAAAAAGUACAUUCGAUUAUAAUUAUUUCAUUUGAAUGCUAUACAUAUGGUAAGUAAGAGUUAAAUCAAGCUUUCCACUUUUUUUUUAAAUAAUUCUACGUUUUGGUAUAAUGUUGUCAACCCGAGGAUUCUAUUAUUAAUUCUAUUGGAACUCUUCCUACUUUUUCCCGCCAAUUUUGACUCAACUGUCGGAGUACUUUUUAUUAUAUUUCUGACGGGAUGUUGUACCAUAAGUUCAAUAAACAGUGAUUAAGGUCGA